CCAAUCUCGUGGCAGCCAGUAUGUUCAGUGAAUGCUUGAGCGCCAAGAUAUAAGGAGGCGCGAACUGCAAUUAUCAACAUUUCGCGUACGGUGUAUCUUAUCAUGUGGAUAGCUCGACAAAUUUCCAUACUACUAAUAGUUGUUUACGUGUGUAUUAGUUCUGGAUAUGCACAAAAUAAUAAUAAUUGCGGGCUGGAGAGAUUUCAAUGUAAUAAUGGAGAGUGUAUAGCGGGUGAAUUAUUAUGUGACGGCAGAACAGAUUGUAGAGAUUCGUCCGACGAGACGGAAACCGAGUGUAAAAAACCGGAGAUUCUAUGUCCUGCUUAUGCUUUUCGCUGUAAUUACGGUGCUUGUAUAAACGGAGAUCUUGUGUGUAAUGGUGUUCAGGACUGCGCCGAUAACAGCGACGAAACGCAGCCCCAAUGUAAAAGGAACCUAACAAAUAAUCAAACGGAAAGACCUACUACACGCAGAUGUAAAGCGGAUCAAUUUACAUGCGACAACGGCCAGUGUAUCUACAGCAUCGACGUAUGUGAUGGAAAACGAAAUUGUGCGGAUGGCUCUGAUGAAAACUCUACAUUAUGCAGAUCAUUACCUUGUCCCCCAACAGCUUUCCGUUGUUCUUAUGGAGCUUGUAUCGAUGGUGAUUUACGAUGUAACGAUGUUUCCAAUUGCGCCGAUAAUUCGGACGAAGAUCCGAGAUUAUGUGCAACUGGAUGGCCAUCACCUUUGCCAACGGUACGACCAACAACGGGAACAACGCGAUCUCCACCAGUACCAACACGUCCUAGCACGAAUACUUGUAGAGCACCUCCGCAACCACAUAACGGCCGUUGGCAGUUACAUCGGUCGCAAUGUUCAGGUGAACAGGAAUGUGACAUUGCAGAAGGAACAGAAUUGGGAUUAGGGUCUCAUCUUGUCUACUCUUGUAAUUCGGGAUAUAAAAUAAGAGGCCCGACCGAUGUGAGCUGUAGCAUUGGAGGAAAAUGGCUUAAUACACCAGUUUGCAUAGAAAUACGCUGCAAACCUUUAACCACAGCAUCUGUCGAAGCUAGAUGUACAUACGACGAUGACUGGGUGUCGUGUGAAUCUCCAGUACGACCGAGAACAAAAGCUGUAUUACAAUGUCAAAAUAGUUAUCGACCUGAAACUAAUCUACUUUCCGGACAAAGAAGGAAUGUGAGAUGUAAUACAAACGGUCAAUGGGAACCAGAACCUAUGCGAUGUGUUCCAGUAUGCGGCACUUUACCUCCCGAUAUUAAACCGACCGUUGUGGGCGGUAUCCGACCAAACAUCACGGAAUUUCCGUGGCAUGCCACUAUGUAUCGUGAUGCACCAGACGAGGCAAAGAAAUUUUUCUGUGGAGCUUCUAUUAUUCAGGAGAAUCUCUUGAUAACGGCGGCUCAUUGUGUAUAUGAUGAGAUCACUAAGCAACCAAUACGAGCCAGUUCAAUUUAUAUAUUAACAGGAAACAUCUUUCGCAAUUAUGAUUAUCCUUUUCAUAAUCAAAAUCUUGUUAAAAGAAAUCAGGUAAAACGUAUUUACAUUGUGCGCAAUUAUCUAGGACUUAUAGGAAAUUAUGUCUCAGACAUUGCGAUAUUAGAACUUGUCAGUCCGUUUGUAUUGUCAACUUGGUUGGUUCCUGUAUGCAUAGAUACCUUAAGCGAUAGGAGUAUAUUGGAACCAGGCUCUUUUGGAAAAGUAGCGGGAUUUGGUAGAACUGCACAAGGUGAAUCUAGCGCAGUCCUACAAGCUCUGACAGUGCCCGUGAUUCCAUUCGGCCAAUGUAGGUCCGCGAGCCAACAUGCCAAUACAGAACAAUUUAUCACUGUUGACAAGUUUUGCGCAGGUUACACAAAUGGUUCUUCUGUUUGUGAUGGUGACAGUGGCGGUGGAUUAGUCUUUAAAACUAAUAAUUUGUGGUAUCUCCGAGGUAUUGUUAGCGUUUCCCUCGGUACGAAACAAGAGGGUGGAACUGUCUAUUGCGACAACAAUUUGUAUUCCUUAUAUACAGAUAUAUCCAGACAUAUUUUAUGGAUACAAGAUGUCAUUACAAAAAUAGAGCAAAAUCAAGUCCAUACAUUAUGCUCAGAUGAAUCUCCAACGAGAUGUUCUUAAAUUUAGUGAUAGUUAUGCGCAAUUAUCGAAGAAAAGAAAAGCAUUUACUUUGUGCCAUGUACACGCGGUAGUGCAGUUACAUCUUUGCUGGGUGAAACUAAACCUGUGUAUUAUAUAUUUUAUUAUUUUAUGUAAAAUAUAAUAAUAAAUUUUGUAAUAUUUACCUUCCAUAUGUAA